CCAUCGGCGGAGGACGUCAAGAAGCUCUUGAACUCUGUGGGAGCCAAGGCGGAUGACAGCAGCAUCAACUUUGUAGUGAAGGAGCUCAACGGGAAGAAGCUCGACGAGGUGAUCGCUGCGGGGAACUUGAAAAUGGCCAGCGUAGGAGGAGGAAGCGGAGGUGGAGGAGGAGGUGGUGCUGCUGCCCCUGCUGCUGCCGCCGCUGCCCCUGCUGCCGGUGGCAAGGCAGCUGCCAAGAAGGAGCCCGAGCCUGAGGAGGAGGAAGACAUGGGAUUCUCUCUCUUUGAUUAAGCUUCAUCAUUGAUUAAAACUCACAAAGGA